CCGGCACGGGGAGUUUUUGCUUGAGUCCCACGCUGCUCAGCAGCGCAGCCGAGGGACCCCAGGACCCCUGUCUCCCCCCUGGGCAGCCGGCUCCGCACCGGCCGGGCGGCACAGCCUGCCUCCUGCACUGAGGUCACGAUACCCAGAUCUUGGAGGCCCCUCUGGCUCCGCCUCCUGAGGGAAGGCUCUGGAGUGGGGCGCGGGGAGGACAGCAGUGCCGCUGGACAGCCGCCCUGGUCGGGAAAGAGAGGGAGAGGCUGAGACGGAGACAGACAGUCACACAGGGAGGAACGGACAGAUCGAGAGAGAUCCCCAGAGUGACGGGCCUCGGAGCAAGACAGAGGAAGAGCGGACGUGGGUCUGCAGACUGUCCCAGACCCGGGACCCCAGCUUGAGCCCUUCGUGCGGGUGGCAGCUGCAGCCAGCCUGGUGGGUUGCUGAGCGUGGGGAGCUGGGACCCCGAUCUGUAUCCGGCCAGGCGGGAAGCACGAGCAUCUGACGACGGACGAUGGUGAUUCUUCAGCAGGGCUGGAGGAGACCCCCUUUGGAGCCCCUCGGCCUGACAGCCUGUUCAAAGCCCCAGCAGAGACAGCCAGAGCCAACAGAAGGAAAGUCGCUGUCACUGAAUGUUCGCUGGUGCCAGCGCCUCAGCUGCAGGCAGGGUUCGGGGGACUAUGUCUGGAUGGACCUGCGAUCUGGGCAGGAGUUCGACGUGCCCAUCGGAGCAGUGGUGAAGCUCUGUGACUCUGGGCAGGUCCAGGUGGUGGACGACGAAGGCAAUGAACACUGGAUCUCCCCGCAGAACGCCACGCACAUCAAGCCCAUGCACCCUACGUCAGUCCACGGCGUGGAGGACAUGAUCCGCCUGGGAGACCUCAACGAGGCCGGCAUCCUGCGCAACCUGCUUAUCCGCUACCGGGACCACCUCAUCUACACAUACACAGGCUCCAUCCUGGUGGCUGUGAACCCCUACCAGCUGCUCUCCAUCUACUCACCAGAGCAUAUCCGCCAGUAUACCAACAAGAAGAUUGGGGAGAUGCCCCCCCACAUCUUCGCCAUUGCCGAUAACUGCUACUUCAACAUGAAGCGCAACAGCCGUGACCAGUGCUGCAUCAUCAGCGGGGAGUCUGGGGCAGGGAAGACCGAGAGCACCAAGCUGAUCUUGCAGUUCCUGGCGGCCGUCAGCGGGCAGCACUCGUGGAUCGAGCAGCAGGUGCUGGAAGCCACCCCCAUCCUGGAAGCGUUUGGCAAUGCCAAGACCAUCCGCAACGACAACUCCAGCCGCUUUGGGAAGUACAUUGAUAUCCACUUCAACAAGCGGGGUGCCAUCGAGGGCGCCAAGAUCGAGCAGUACCUGCUGGAGAAGUCCCGGGUCUGUCGCCAGGCCCCCGAUGAACGAAAUUAUCACGUGUUCUACUGUAUGCUGGAGGGCAUGAGCGUGGGUCAGAAGAAGAAGCUGGGCCUGGGCCAGGCCACGGAUUAUAACUACCUGGCUAUGGGUAACUGCAUCACCUGUGAGGGCCGGGAGGACAGCCAGGAGUACGCCAACAUCCGCUCGGCCAUGAAGGUGCUCAUGUUCACCGACACAGAGAACUGGGAGAUCUCCAAGCUCCUGGCUGCCAUCCUGCACCUGGGCAACCUGCAGUAUGAGGCCCGGACGUUUGAAAACCUGGAUGCCUGUGAGGUCCUCUUCUCCCCGUCCCUGGCUACAGCCGCAUCCCUGCUCGAGGUGAACCCCCCAGACCUGAUGAACUGCCUGACCAGCCGCACCCUCAUCACCCGUGGGGAGACCGUGUCCACCCCGCUCAGCAGGGAGCAGGCGCUGGACGUGCGAGACGCCUUUGUCAAGGGCAUCUACGGGCGGCUUUUUGUGUGGAUUGUGGACAAGAUCAAUGCAGCGAUUUACAAGCCCCCCUCCCAGGAAGUGAAGAGCUCUCGCAGGUCUAUCGGCCUCCUGGACAUCUUUGGGUUCGAGAACUUUGCUGUGAACAGCUUCGAGCAGCUCUGCAUCAACUUCGCCAACGAGCACCUGCAGCAGUUCUUCGUGCGGCACGUGUUCAAGCUGGAGCAGGAGGAGUACGACCUGGAGAGCAUCGGCUGGCUGCACAUCGAGUUUACCGACAACCAGGACGCCCUGGACAUGAUCGCCAGCAAGCCCAUGAACAUCAUCUCCCUCCUCGACGAGGAGAGCAAGUUCCCCAAGGGCACAGACACUACCAUGUUGCAUAAGCUGAACUCCCAGCACAAGCUGAACUCCAACUACAUCCCCCCCAAGAACAACCAUGAGACUCAGUUUGGGAUCAACCACUUUGCAGGUGUCGUCUACUACGAGAGCCAAGGCUUCCUGGAGAAGAACCGGGACACCCUGCAUGGAGACAUCAUCCAGCUGGUCCACUCCUCCAGAAACAAGUUCAUCAAGCAGAUCUUCCAGGCCGACGUCGCCAUGGGCGCCGAGACCAGGAAGCGCUCGCCCACUCUCAGCAGCCAGUUCAAGCGGUCGCUGGAGCUGCUGAUGCGCACGCUGGGUGCCUGCCAGCCCUUCUUCGUGCGCUGCAUCAAGCCCAAUGAGUUCAAGAAGCCCAUGCUGUUCGACCGGCACCUGUGCGUGCGCCAGCUGCGGUACUCAGGGAUGAUGGAGACCAUCCGGAUCCGCCGGGCUGGCUACCCCAUCCGCUAUAGCUUCGUGGAGUUUGUAGAGCGCUACCGUGUGCUGCUGCCCGGAGUGAAGCCCGCCUACAAGCAGGACGACCUUCGGGGGACAUGCCAGCGUUUGGCUGAGGCUGUGCUGGGCACCCAUGAUGACUGGCAGAUUGGCAAAACCAAGAUCUUCCUGAAGGACCACCACGACAUGCUGCUGGAAGUGGAGCGGGACAAGGCCAUCACCGACAGAGUCAUCCUCCUCCAGAAGGUCAUCCGGGGUUUCAAAGACAGAUCUAACUUCCUGAAGCUGAAGAAUGCGGCCACACUGAUCCAGAGGCACUGGCGGGGCCACAACUGCCGGAGGAACUAUGAGCUGAUGCGGCUGGGCUUCCUGCGCCUGCAGGCCCUGCACCGUGCCCGGAAGCUGCACCAGCAGUACCGCCUGGCCCGCCGGCGCAUCAUCGAGUUCCAGGCCCGCUGCCGCGCCUACCUGGUGCGCAAGGCCUUCCGCCACCGGCUCUGGGCCGUGCUCACCGUGCAGGCCUACGCCCGGGGCAUGAUCGCGCGUAGGCUGCACCGGCGCCUCAGGGCCGAGUACCUGCGGCGUCUGGAGGCUGAGAAGAUGCGGCUGGCAGAGGAGGAGAAGCUCCGGAAGGAGAUGAGCGCCAAGAAGGCCAAGGAGGAGGCUGAGCGCAAGCAUCAGGAGCGCCUGGCACAAUUGGCUCGUGAGGACGCGGAGCGGGAGCUGAAGGAGAAGGAGGAAGCUCGGCGGAAGAAGGAGCUCCUGGAGCAGAUGGAGAGGGCCCGCCACGAGCCCAUCAACCACUCGGACAUGGUGGACAAGAUGUUUGGCUUUCUGGGGACUUCAGGCAGCCUGCCAGGCCAGGAGGGCCAAGCACCUAGUGGCUUUGAGGACCUGGAGCGUGGGCGCAGGGACAUGGUGGAGGAGGACCUGGACGCAGCGCUUCCCUUGCCUGACGAGGAUGAGGAGGACCUCUCCGAGUAUAAAUUCGCCAAGUUCGCGGCCACCUACUUCCAGGGCACGACCACACACACCUAUACCCGGCGGCCGCUCAAGCAGCCACUGCUGUACCACGAUGAUGAGGGCGACCAGCUGGCGGCCCUGGCGGUCUGGAUCACCAUUCUGCGGUUCAUGGGGGACCUCCCCGAGCCCAAGUACCACACAGCCAUGAGUGACGGCAGUGAGAAGAUCCCCGUGAUGACCAAGAUUUACGAGACCCUGGGCAAGAAGACAUACAAGAGGGAGCUGCAGGCCCUGCAGGGCGAGGGUGAGGCCCAGCUCCCGGAGGGGCAGAGGAAGAGCAGCAUGAGGCACAAGCUGGUGCACUUGACCCUGAAGAAGAAGUCCAAACUGACAGAGGAGGUGACCAAGAGGCUGCAUGACGGGGAGUCUACUGUUCAGGGCAACAGCAUGCUGGAGGACCGACCCACGUCCAACCUGGAGAAGCUGCACUUUGUCAUUGGCAACGGCAUCCUGCGGCCGGCGCUCCGGGAUGAGAUCUACUGCCAGAUCAGCAAGCAGCUCACACACAACCCCUCCAAGAGCAGCUAUGCCCGGGGCUGGAUCCUCGUGUCUCUCUGCGUGGGCUGCUUCGCCCCCUCCGAGAAGUUCGUAAAGUACCUGCGCAACUUCAUCCACGGGGGACCGCCUGGCUACGCUCCGUACUGUGAGGAGCGGCUCAGGAGAACGUUUGUCAACGGGACACGGACACAGCCCCCCAGCUGGCUGGAGCUGCAGGCCACCAAGUCCAAGAAGCCCAUCAUGUUGCCUGUGACAUUCAUGGAUGGGACCACCAAGACCCUGCUGACCGACUCGGCCACCACGGCCAAGGAGCUCUGCAACGCGCUGGCUGACAAGAUCUCCCUCAAGGACCGCUUUGGAUUCUCCCUCUACAUUGCCCUGUUUGAUAAGGUGUCAUCCCUGGGCAGUGGCAGUGACCACGUCAUGGACGCCAUCUCCCAAUGUGAGCAGUACGCCAAGGAGCAGGGGGCCCAGGAGCGCAAUGCACCCUGGAGGCUCUUCUUCCGCAAAGAGGUCUUCACGCCCUGGCACAACCCCUCCGAUGACAACGUGGCCACGAACCUCAUCUACCAGCAGGUGGUGCGAGGGGUCAAGUUCGGGGAGUACAGGUGUGAGAAGGAGGAUGACCUGGCGGAGCUGGCCUCCCAGCAGUACUUCGUGGACUAUGGCUCUGAGAUGGUCCUGGAGCGCCUCCUGAGCCUCGUGCCCACCUAUAUUCCUGACCGUGAGAUCACGCCCCUGAAGACCCUUGAGAAGUGGGCCCAGCUGGCCAUUGCUGCCCACAAGAAGGGGAUUUAUGCCCAGAGGAGAACUGAUGCCCAGAAGGUCAAAGAGGAUGUGGUCAAUUAUGCCCGUUUCAAGUGGCCCUUGCUCUUCUCCAGGUUUUAUGAAGCCUACAAAUUCUCAGGCCCCAGCCUCCCCAAGAAUGACGUGAUUGUGGCGGUCAACUGGACGGGCGUCUACUUCGUGGAUGAGCAGGAGCAGGUGCUCCUGGAGCUGUCCUUCCCCGAGCUCACGGCCGUUUCCAGCAGCAGGGGAGCAAAACUGGUAGCCCCCAGCUUCACACUGGCUACCAUCAAGGGGGACGAGUACACCUUUACCUCCAGCAACGCUGAGGACAUCCGUGACCUAGUGGUCACCUUCCUGGAAGGGCUCCGGAAGAGGUCUAAGUACGUGGUGGCCCUGCAGGACAACCCAAACCCUGCGGGGGAGGAGUCGGGUUUCCUCAGCUUUGCUAAGGGCGAUCUCAUCAUCCUGGACCAUGACACAGGAGAGCAGGUCAUGAACUCAGGCUGGGCCAACGGCAUCAAUGAGAGGACCAAGCAGCGUGGGGACUUCCCCACCGACUGCGUGUAUGUCAUGCCUACUGUCACCAUGCCACCGCGGGAGAUUGUGGCCCUGGUCACCAUGACCCCUGACCAGAGACAGGACGUUAUCCGCCUCUUGCAGCUGCGGACAGCGGAGCCCGAGGUGCGCGCCAAGCCCUACACACUGGAGGAAUUUUCCUACGACUAUUUCAGGCCCCCACCCAAGCACACGCUGAGCCGAGUGAUGGUGUCCAAGGCCCGUGGCAAGGACCGGCUGUGGAGCCACACACGGGAGCCGCUCAAGCAGGCACUGCUCAAGAAGAUCCUGGGCAGCGAGGAGCUCUCGCAGGAGGCCUGCAUGGCCUUCAUCGCCAUGCUCAAGUACAUGGGCGACUACCCAUCCAAGAGGACGCGCUCGGUCAAUGAGCUCACCGACCAGAUCUUUGAGGGUGCCCUAAAAGCCGAGCCCCUCAAGGACGAGGUGUACGUGCAGAUCCUGAAGCAGCUGACCGACAACCACAUCAGGUACAGCGAGGAGCGGGGCUGGGAGCUGCUCUGGCUGUGCACGGGCCUCUUCCCGCCCAGCAGCGUCCUCCUGCCCCACGUGCAGCGCUUCCUGCAGUCGCGCAAGCACUGCCCGCUGGCCCUGGACUGCCUGCAGCGCCUCCAGAAGGCCCUGAGAAAUGGGUCCCGGAAGUACCCUCCACACCUGGUGGAGGUGGAGGCCAUCCAGCACAAAACCACCCAGAUUUUCCACAAGGUCUACUUCCCCGACGACACCGACGAGGCCUUUGAGGUGGAGUCCAGCACUAAGGCUAAAGACUUCUGCCGGGGCAUCGCAGCCCGGCUGCUUCUCAAGUCCGCAGAGGGAUUCAGCCUCUUUGUCAAAAUUGCAGACAAGGUCAUCAGCGUCCCUGAGAAUGACUUCUUCUUUGACUUUGUUCGACACCUGACAGACUGGAUAAAGAAAGCACGGCCCGUCAAGGAUGGAAUUGUGCCCUCGCUCACAUACCAGGUGUUCUUCAUGAAGAAGCUGUGGACCACCACGGUGCCCGGGAAGGACCCGAUGGCCGAUUCCAUCUUCCACUAUUACCAGGAGUUGCCCAAGUAUCUCCGGGGCUACCACAAGUGCACGCGGGAGGAGGUGCUGCAGCUGGGGGCGCUGAUCUACAGGGUCAAAUUCGAGGAGGACAAGUCCUACUUCCCCAGUAUCCCCAAGCUGCUACGGGAGCUCGUGCCCCAGGACCUCAUCCGGCAGAUCUCACCUGACGACUGGAAGCGGUCUAUCGUCGCCUACUUCAACAAGCAUGCAGGGAAGUCCAAGGAGGAAGCCAAGCUAGCCUUCCUAAAGCUCAUCUUCAAGUGGCCCACCUUUGGUUCAGCUUUCUUUGAGGUGAAGCAAACUACGGAGCCAAACUUCCCUGAGAUCCUCUUAAUUGCCAUCAAUAAGUACGGGGUCAGCCUCAUCGAUCCCAGAACCAAGGACAUCUUGACCACUCAUCCCUUCACCAAGAUCUCCAACUGGAGCAGCGGCAACACCUAUUUCCACAUCACCAUUGGGAACCUGGUGCGUGGGAGCAAAUUGCUCUGUGAGACAUCACUGGGCUACAAGAUGGAUGACCUCCUGACUUCCUACAUUAGCCAGAUGCUCACGGCCAUGAGCAAACAGCGGGGCUCCAGGAGUGGCAAGUGAACAGUGAGGGAGGUGGUGCUGGCUCAGGCCCAUCAGCUACCUCUGCAGGUUGGGGAGGACUUUGUCAUCUGGGCAGGGAGUCUGGGCCAGCCGGCCACCACUGAUAACACCAACGUGGCUUCCUAUCCUUCUUCCAGCGAGGCAGCCUUGCUGGGAUGCAGAACUCCCCUCGAUCCACUCCUGAGGGUUGGUUCUAGUCGUGGCUUGCCGUGGCCUUCCUAGUAAGAGCCUGUGCUCCUUGGAUGCCUUUCUUAGACCAGUCCUACCGUGUGACCUCCCUUGACUUUCUGUGCACCACUGCAACAGGGAAUCAAGAGGACAACUUAGUUCUCCAUACUGGGACCAACCAAACCAAACCAACCAAGAAUAUUCUGAAACCUAAGGGAGUGGCUUAAUUCCUGUAAGUCCAGGAGCCUCAGCUGGGGUGGGGGAGACAGACAACUUUUAUAUAUUGCGGUGUGAGUGCUGAGCCCCUGUGCUAGUUUCCCCGAUCACCUCAGGGUAUAAAGGAUGUGUUUAAUCUUUUGGCCCUAUAGUGUCUUUGCUGGGGGAAGGGGAGAGAGUGAGGGAGUGUGUAUGGGACAAAGGCAGGGCCCUGUGGGAGUGGCCUGUGUAAGUAUCUCCUCAGUCUAUGUGUGCAGGGCUAAGCUGGUCUGUGUUUGGGGGUUGGGGUCCCUGAGCCCAAGGUGUGCUUGAAAGGGCUUAAAGGGACUGGUUGGGACCAGGGCGGGUUGGGGGUAAAUGUUGGGACAUCAGUUUGGGAGAUAGGGACCUAAGUGUGCAGGGGCUGGGGAUCUAGAUGGAGGAAUCAGCUUCUGGGCCCUAACUAGGGCCAGUGGAGCCAGAGUGGCCCCAGCGUCCUCUCAGAGACCUCUCCUUAGUUCAUCAACAACUCCAAGAAGGAUGCUGCCUUGGGUUAAAUCCCUAUGUCCUGAGAGUGCCUAUAAAUGUUACUUUGUGACCAGGAUGAAACAACCAAGGUGGGCCAUGAUCUAGGCAGGUAUGGGGGUGGGGCAUCCUCCUAGGCUGUGGCUAGAAGGAGCGCCUAGAGAAAUGACAGUGGAGAAUCCCCUUGAAGAAGGCAUGUUUAUGAUCAGCCCCCAAGGUCCCCCUAAUACUGCAGCAGAGCUGAGUCCUUAAUGUCUUGGGUCAUCUGCAUCUGGAUGCCCAAACAUGCCACAGGGAGUGCUAUUCCCCAGCUACCUGUGUGGGAGGGGCUGCCUGUGAAAAUGGAGGACUCCACCCAGACAGCCCCGCUUCCUGGGGUGAUCAUGUGCUGUCUGAGACAGCUUUGCCCCACCGAUGUUCACACGGUUCCACAGGAAGCCCAGGAUCAGUGUGAGCCAGAAGGAAGGUGCAGUGAUGGUCUGCCCCUACACCAUCAUAUUGAUGGAGCUACAGAGGCUCAGAGAAGGAGUGUGAAUAGGUAAAAGUCACACAGAACUCAGUUCACUGUUUCUAACAUUUAGCUCUCAGACACAAGGGGUCCAGAUGUUUGUUCUGUGCUCUAGUUCCCCUUCAAGGCCUAGGGCUGGUGGGUGGGCACAGAAUUAUACCCAUCAUCCCACUGCACAUUAGAUCACAGAGUAUGUGUGUGUGGGAUGAGAUCUUUCCCCCAACUCAUGCCACUUCUCAUUCGCUGACUCAGGAUGGCAUCACUUUUGUACUCAUCCCCUAGUCUCUGUCAGCCUGAGUGAUCACAGAGGGGUCCAAAUAAUACAUCAUUUACUUUCUGGGUUCCUGAAAGGUUGCCUUUAUUCACGCUGAUGUGCACAAAGCCAUUCCUUUAGCGGGAGUACUAUGAAGGGUUAGGAUGAGAAACCCUAUAACAUCAGAGAACAACUAGCUCCAACUCCAAGACUACAACUCCCUUGCCCACCCCUGUGAGAUGCAUUCUUUAUGGAAAGCGCUAGACCAGAAUGGUCCUCCUGAGAGCCUCAAUGGCCCUUCUGAACUCCUUUCUUGACUAUUCCCCACCAUCGCCACCCUUAGAAACAGAGAGGAAGAGGGAGGAGAAAGCAAGGUACAAUGAAAUUUUCUCCAAAGACAUCCUGUAGGAGAAGGAGGACAUGCUAGAGAAGGAAUGCACUGUAUGAAAGGACUCCUGGCAAGAGGAUUUAACGAUGGGGGUCUCCUGGGAUUUUCCAGAUGGAGGCCUCUUUGGUGGGCACUGUGAAUCCCAGGGUUUCUGUGGCAGGGGGUCAAUGUGAUUUAGUGGAGGGGGUCUGUCUGAUGACUCCCCUGGGGGGGAACAUCGGUGGUUUGAUGUUCUUAGGGGACACUGGUGGUUUGGCUUUCCCCCUGGGGGAUACUGGUGGUUUGACUUUCCCCCUGGGGGACACUGGUGGUUUGACUUCCCCCCUGGGGAACACUGGUGGUUUGACCUUCCCCCUGGGGGACAUUGGUAGUUAGAUCUCCUUGGGGGACAUUGGUGGCUUGAACUUCCCCUUGUGGGGUCACCAGUGGUUUCACAUCAUCCUUGGGGGAGUAGUGCUGGUCUGAGGGCCUCGUGCUUGGGGGCUUCUGUGACACAGAAGGAGUUUGGAUAUCUGAAAGUUUUGGGGAUUUAGGAUGGCUGGAAGGUGGCCACAGUCCAGGGGUUUUCUGUGACUCAUUUUCUAUGUCAGGGGCUGGUUCCUGAAUAUCUGUAGGAGAUAGAAAAGACAUAAACACAGACUCUUUAGUGUCACUUCCCCGAUCUGUGUGUGCUAUGUGGUGAACUUACUGUCAUCUCUUAAAUGUUAGAACCACCCCCACUCCCUCAGGCUCAGUCUUCUAAAAUCCUCCCCCAAGAUUUUGGGCAAACUUAUAAGUGGCCCUCCAAUUCUGCCUGGGGCAAAAACAAGUCCAUUAUGUGAGGUUAUGGAAGCUCCAAAGGAAGCUCUCCAAAAGUACCAUUUUCUUAAAGAUUAUGUAUUUUACAAUAAUUGGUUUCAAAUCAGUUUAUAGAGAAAAAGAAACAUGUUUUCCCACUACAAUGUGAGCUUCUUGAGGCCAGGGACCUUUGGUUUGCUUGCCACUAUAUCCCUGGUAUCCAGAAAAAUGUCACAUACUAGGUGCUUGAUAAAUAUCUUUUGACUAAUUGACUGAUGGAAAAACUGGUAAUAGACAGCUAGAGAAUUCAGGCUUACUCUCCUACUUGGAACAAAUUUUUUAAAUGGACAAAAUACAAAGAAACAUAGCAAAAUUAUUUGAGUUACCAAUAUAGGGAGGAGUUUUGGGGACCAAAUCAAGAAGAAUGUGAAAAUGUGAAAAUGUAAAAAGAUAAGCCUAUACCGAACUAUACACUGUCUGUAAGAAAUUCACUUUAGAUACAAAGACACAAAUAGAUGAUUGAAAAAAAAGAAUGGAAAAAUAAAAACCUUGUUAAUACUAAAGAGAUGGAGGUGCUAUUAAUAUCACACAAAGUAGACUUCAGAGCAAGAAUAUUAGCAGAGAUAAAGAAGUUCAUUUCUAAUGAUAAAGAGGUCAUUUCAUCAAGAAGCCAUAACCCUAAAUAUUUACACAUCUAUUAACAGUGUUUCAAAACACACGAAGCAAAGACAAAUAAGAUUACAAAGAGAAAUCUACAAUUAUACUUGAAGGUUUCAAUACUCCAUUCUCAGUAACGAAUAGAACUAGGCAGAAAAUCAGUAAGAUAAAAACACUGAAAAACACUACUGGUUCUGGUCCAAGAUGGUGAUGUAGGAAGAUGCUGAACUCACCUCCUCCACAGACACCUAUUUAUAGAGCAAUUUCUCCUGAAAUUCAACCUGAGGGCUGACUGACAGCUUCUUCACCAUGAAAGAAACCACAGAGAAUGGCAGGAGAGACAGAGACAUAGUAAGGAAGAGAAUCCCCAUGUCAACUCUGCAAACUGCAGUGGUGGGGGGUGGAUAAUACUGAGGGGUUGUAAACAAAUUUGUCUGCCCUGAGGCACAGAAAAAAAAAAGGUGUUGGUUUAAAAAGGCAACUAGAAUAUAAAGCAACCAGUCAUAGAAGCCUGCCAAACUGGCGGGGAGGUGGCUGGAACCCUUUCUGGGUAACAGGGGCUGGCAAAUGUGGAUGGAAGCAGGGUCUGGGCAUCCUAGCUGGCCUACUGUCACAGUGAUCCUCAGAGCCCUAACCCACACCAGCCUAAGCCAUCCCUCUAAGGCAGCCCCAGUGUAGCACAAACUGGGACAACCCUGGUCAGUGCUCACUACAGUUAGAGCCAUCUUGCCAUGGUGGCAUAGGCGUAAAGCACCCUGGGACACCCUACAUCCAAACCACCUUGGCUCCAGACAACUUGCUAAGGUACUCCUGGCACAGAUGCACACCUCAGCUCUAGCUGCCCUGCCAGGGUGCCUCUGAAUUGAGCACCCUGGAACACCCUGACCUGCACCCACUUCAGUUUCAGUAGUGCUGCCAGGGCACUGACUGCACAGAGAAUCCUGAGACCAUCCCUGCCCACACCCACUCCAGCUUUGCCCAUCCAGAGUGCCCUGGAACCCCCAACUCAUAACCAGCCAAACU